AUGAAAAAUCACACUUACCAUUACAAGAUGCGUCCAAUAUGGAAGGGGAUGAGAGAAAGAAAAACAAACAAUACUGUUUUUGGUCACUUAUGGGAGAAUGGUGUGGGUUGUCCCAUUGGUACGGUACCUAUAAGAAGAGUCACCAAAGAAGACAUUUUGGCAUUAAACUCGCUAGACGAUAAAUAUAAACCUCAUGGUUCUUGGAACACCAGCACUUCUGGUCCUAAAAAUGUUCUUCAUCCCGACCAACAUUAUCAUGCGGUGGGUCGGACGAAGGGUAAAGGAAUGCGCUACAAUGGAGCAACAAUGGAUCUUUGUAUAACUGCUCCUCAGGUUAAACCUACCCAACAUAGUGCUUCUCGGAUUCACUUUCAGAUGGGAGAUGAUUUCAUCCAAGCCGGUAUAACAGUAAAUCCAGUAUUGUACAAGGACCACAAUCCUCGGAUCUACGUCUUUACAAAAGCAGGUGAAAAAUCAUGUUUCAAUAAUCAUUGCGACGUAGGCAUGAUAAGCGUUCGUCAAGAUCUUCCACUUGGUAUGGCACUGAGCCCAGUGUCUAUUCGUGCUAUGGAAGCUUACUCUACAACCUUCGGUCUUAUCAAGGACCAAGCAAGUGGGAAUUGGUGGUUGCUGUUAGGUCGAAAGUCAGAACAAAUCGGAGUUUGGCCGGAGCAGAUUUUUGGCCAAACCUUUGGAGACAAGGUUGAAUGGGGAGGCGAAGUGUUCAGAGCAUGGCUGCCAAGUCCGCAAAUGGGAUUUGGAUAUUUUCCAACUGGAAAAAGACUUGAGGAUGCAUAUAUCAAACGUAUUUCCAUACUUGACGGAAAUUUUCAAUAUGAUCGACAAGUGAACAAUAUCGAAGCGGUUUCGGAUAAUACUCGAGGUUAUGGCGUCAAGCAAAAAAUAGAUAAAGACAUUGAGACGGGUCGUGUAAUUUAUUAUGGUGGUCCAGGAAAUGUCUAA